CGACCUCUUCGUCCCCCUCGGCUCUCUCUCCUCCCCCUCGGCUCGCAACCGCCAUGGAGCCAUCGCCGGAGAUUCCGCCGCCGCCACCCGCCUUCGCCGCCGGCGGAGAAGGCGAUCCGCAUGCUCCCACCACAGCCGCCGCCCGCUCCUCCUCCUCCUCCUCUCUAUUUCCUCUCUUCCCCCUCUCGGCGCCCGAGGAAUCCUCCGCCCCCGCGGCGGGGUCCCAGUGGCUCUCAAACCCUAGCUUCUCCUUCGACGCCUCCUCCCUCAACAUCCCCGCCACUGCCUCCUCAUCCGUACCGCCGCCGCUAAGCGCCUCGUCGGACGAAGAGGAGGCGCCACGGCCCGCACCUGCUAAGUAUGACCUGCUGCCCUACUCACCGUCGCCUCCGGCCUCCGACGAGGAGAGGAGGGACAGACGGAAGGAUAGGAAGAGGAGGAAGCGGAGGCGGGAGAAGGAGCGGUACAAUAGCGCGGAAGCCUCGCGAAAGCCGGGGGUUCGCGCUUGGGCUGGGUCGGAGACGAAGUUGGCUAAGGAUUACUACUUCGACGCCAAGGGCGACCAGGAUAACUUGGCGUUUGGAUCGAUAUACAGAAUGGAUAUUGCACGCUACAAGUCUCAAAACAUGCCAGAGGCACGUGGUCUAAAACGGCUUUUGUUUCAUAACUUGGGUGUCUCGGUACAUAUGGGUCAUGAGUCAGAUUUAGAUGGACUGAAUAGCAAAGCAAGAGCUGGAGGUCGCUACUACUCGGCGAAAUAUGCAGUUGUAGAAAGAAAUAAGGGUUUCAAACACCUAAAAGUAUUGAAAAAGGAUAACUCUGCAAUUCUCCCAGAAGAUUUUAUCCCCCUAGGGAUACCAUCUCUUCCUGAAAAUAACACUACUGGGGAACAGGAACUUGAAGAAUCUUGGGAAGAUGAAAUACUUCGGAGGACACGAGAAUUCAACAAGAUGUCUCGGGAGUUCCCUCACAAUGAGAAAAUUUGGUUGGACUUUGCCCGAUUCCAGGAUAAAGUUGCCAGUACUCAACCUCAGAAAGCAGCCCGUUUGCAAACAACUGAAAGAAAAAUUAGUAUAUUGGAAAAAGCUGUAGAGCUUAAUCCAGAUAAUGAAGAAUUAUUGCUUUAUCUUCUGAAGGCAUAUGGUGAGAGGGAUAGCACCCAGAAUCUCCUGGAUAAAUGGGAGCAGAUACUCAUGAAACACCCGGAUAGUUGUAAGUUGUGGAAACAGUAUCUACUUCUGUGUCAAGGGGAAUUCUCCAGAUUCAAAGUAUCUGACCUACGGAAGUCUUACGCUUAUGCAGUACAGGCUUUAUCUGCAGCUUGUACUAAGCUAUGUAGGCAGGAUACACAAUAUGAUCGUCUCGAACCUAAGUAUUCUUCCUUAAUUCAUCUUGAACUCGGUCUAGUGGAUAUAUUUGUGAAUUUGUGUCGGUUCGAAUGGCAUACUGGACAUCGGGAAUUAGCAACUGCACUAUUUCAGGCUCAAAUAGAAUUUAGUUUAUUCUCCCCUCCCCUUCAUCUGACCACAAGCAGUAAGCAAAGACUCUUUGAGCACUUCUGGAACAAUGGUGGUGCUAGAAUCGGAGAAGAUGGGGCUCUUGGAUGGUCCAGAUGGUUGGCAAAAGAUGAGGAGAGUAGACAAAAUAUAGAUAUACAAGAAAAUACCCAAGAAACUGAAAGGGGUGGUUGGAGUGGUUGGUUUGAUCCUUCUCUAAGGACUAAUAGUGAAACAAGCAAAGUGGAACCAUCGACAUCUGAUGGAAAUGAUGCAGAAAAUCCAGAUGAUGAGGACCCAUCUGCACAAGAAGAUGUUGAAUCUUUGCUGAAAAAGCUUGGGAUUGAUGGAGAUGCUGAUUACAAUAGUGAAGUUAAAGAUCCAAAAACGUGGAAUAGAUGGUCAUUUAUGGAGUUAUCAAGGGAUAAUGAACAAUGGAUGCCUCUUCAUGAAAAACUUGGAUCACUUUAUUCUGAUGAUGCUCCAACUGGAGAAGACAAUGAUCAGCUUUCCAGAGUAAUUUUGUUUGAGGAUAUAACUGAGUUCCUGUUCUCUCUAUCUUCUGAAGAGGCUCGCUUUUCUUUGAUAUGCCAAUUCAUUGAUUUCUAUGGUGGAAAAAUUUCUAGAUGGACAUCCACCAACAGUUCAAGUUGGAUUGAUAGGAAUUUGAGCCUAGAGAUGAUUACAGAUGACAUUCAGGAAGAUCUUAGUACGGUGUCUAACCUUAUAGACAAGAACCAAACUUCAGUUCAUAAUAAAAUGGUGUCAUUGUUAGGAACUAUGCAUGAAUUUUCUCAAAGGCCUGGCACUGCGAAAUUUCUGAAAAAUGCAAUAUUGCUUUUCCUUGAUGUAUUCCCUCGUAAUCAUAUCCUGGAGGAAGCUGUUCUUGUUACCCCCCAAAUUCAUACAGCUCAAGAAAAAUAUCUGGCUACUCCAGCCACCGCAUCCCGGGCUUUGGCCAAAAAUCUAUUGAAGAAAGACAGACAGGAUCUUUUGCUUUGUGGAAUAUAUGGACGAAUUGAGGCUAUGAAUGGGGACUUUGUCAAAGCAAGGCAUAUAUUCGACUUGGCACUAUCAACUUCUCAAGGAGCUUCAGAGGAUCUCAGGAAGAAGGUUCCUAUUCUUUAUUUUUGGUAUGCUGAGAUGGAGCUAGCAAUAUAUGCUUCAAGAAACAAUUCUGACUCUGUGGAUCGUGCAAUCCACGUUCUGUCCUGCUUAGGGGACAAGGCGAAGUAUGCUUCUUUUGAUGGGUCUAUAUCACGACCUCAGGUGUUAAAGGCUCGUCAAGGAUUUAAAGAGCAGAUUAGAAGCUUGCGAUCUUCAUUUGCAAGUGAUGGUAUGAAAGAAGAGUCUGUUGCUCUAAUCUGCUCAGCAUCUUUGUUUGAGAGUAUGACAUCUGGUUUUGCUUCUGGUCUUGAAGUUAUAGAAGAGACCUUUUAUAUGACACCUUCAGAGAACAACCAUAGCUUAGAAUUCGAAGAAUUGUGGAUGCACUACAUCAAGCAGCUUCAGAAAAAUCUUAAUCAGUUGAGUCUCUCAAGGGUUUGGCCAAAAAUAUCGCAAGGAAUACAAACAUAUCCGUACAACCCAAAAUCAUAUGCAGCCAUGUUAACUCUAGGUUGCCUUUACAGUGUUUCCAAUAAUCUACGUCUCACACUCGACAAAUUUAAUCAAAGGGAUCCUUCCAUAAUUGGCUUGCUCUUUGCUUUGUCCUUUGAAUUGUGCAAAGCUGGAUCAGACAAUAGAAUACACAAUCUGUUUGAGAGAGCUCUGACUGAUGAUAAGUUACAGAAAUCCGUUCUGUUGUGGCGCUGUUAUCUAGCUUAUGAGGCAGAGAUAGCUUGCAAUGCUUCUGCAGCUCGGCGUGUGUUCUUCAGAGCUAUACAUGCCUGUCCAUGGUCUAAACGAUUAUGGCUUGAUGGAUUUGAAAAACUGAGUUCAAUUUUGACACUGAAAGAGUUGUCAGAUCUCCAAGAAGUAAUGCGUGACAAGGAAUUGCACAUUCGAACUGACAUUUAUGAGAUACUCCUGCAAGAUGAAACAGAUACGUGAUGCAGCUAUCCCUGUUUUUGUCCAUAAUUCGAGAUCUCCAUAUUAUCUCAAGGUUCCAUCUUGCAACUGAAGAUCGGUUGCAUGUGAUCUUUUAACUCAUAAUUGUUGGACUCUCAAGAUCGGUUGCUCAGGAACCUUUAUGUCGCAUGGAAUGUGAUCUGGACACGAUGUACAUCCAAAGCAUCUUUAGAUUGGCAAUCUCGUGACAUAUUAAUGUGAUUUAUUUUCUGUUCCUGGAGACAUAUGUUCGGCUUGUGUCUGGUCACUCCAAUCCUUGUAUUUGGUUGGCUCAUGCUUCUUGGAAGGGCACAACUGCAGGAAGAGGUCAAUAUGAAGUAAUGAUGGAGGAAAGCAUAGAGCGGCAGCAUAAAGUUGAAAUUGUCUUGCCAAAAUGGAACAUCAAAAGCUGGCAGAGAAUCGAGUUGAUAAAUAAAAAAUUACUGCGUCUUCAGGUUGGGGGUAUUUAUGCAGUACCCUAGCGUCAAUCAAAAGCCUGGAGUAUGUCUUCAUUUAUCAUCUUUCUGCGAUUAAACGAUGCUUGUCCUUUUUAAAACGGAAAGAAGGAAAGCUUAGUUCUGAACAUAAUAUACUAAUAUUGUGGUAUAUAUGUGUACAAUGCUUGAAGUGACACAUUUUUUUUUGAAAAAAAAAAGAAACUACCGUAAAAAUAUGACUCGGUAAUUACAAAAGAGGGUUGCUAGAUGAGGGGUGCAUACUACCUCUUGUUAGCUGAGUCUGCUGCAGCAAAUGAUGUUAGUAGGUAUAGUUGUAUACCAUGUUCUCGUAGGAUACUGUUUACUCUUUAUUUGUUAUGCUCCGCUGCUGUGAUGCCUGCGUCCUAUACUCCUAGCCAAACGCCCACGCGAUACGGCGAUGGUGGAGAGAGGCCGAUAGGCUAUAGCGCUUUCGAGUAUUCUUGUAUUCGACGGUCCAUUUGCAGUUA